GGUCAGGCUUUUCCAAACAGCCUCCUUUAUCUCUUAAACAGAUUGGCCAGGUGGGUUUUAUGCGGGCAUCAGUCAGAGCCAAUUUCCUCGUGGAAGGCAGGACACAGCCCACGAAGAAAUGCCAUUGGUCAAAUCACUCUCAGAUCGGAGAGUGCUGAAACUGUGCCUUCAGUUGGAGUUAUGAGCUCUGAAGCAACAAGAGAGACUGUGACUGUGAUAACAGAGGGGGCUCCAGCAGCUGGUACUACACUUUCCCCGGAUCGAGCGAAAGGCUCCUUCAACUGCCCCCUGAGUGACCACCAUGUUCACAGAGAAGACGUGAGGAAAGUUUGGAAUGAAUGCCAAGAGGAGAGCUUCUGGUACAGAGCUCUUCCCAUCUCUGUGAGUAGCAUGGCAGUGACUGGUGGUCUCAUAUACAAUGGUGUUUGGAAGUCAUCAGCACGUUUUGGUCCAUUCCCUAAACUUGCAGUUGCUGGUAUUCUUGGAUAUGCAGUUGGAAAAAUAUCUUACAUGGGAACCUGUUGGAACAAAUUCCAGGAGCUUGGUAUUAAACCUGGUCCUGGGGGUCCUUGGGGUGCUGGAGGUCCUGGAAGCCAGUUUAGACCAUCGGGCUCUGGUCCUGGGAACAAAUCCUGUGGACAUGCGUGUGAAGAAUGUACAGCUGCAACAGCAGGUACAGGUGCAGCGACUGGGAAUCCACAAUGCUAGAGAAUUAUAGAAGAAACUGCAGAGACUACAUGUAUAUUAUAAUUUACUAAACACAGUAUUCAAAUACAAGAAUUCAAAAACACAUGAUUGAACUGUGGUGUAUUUUUUCAUAAUGAAUUCUUCCAAACAAUGACUACAGUGUGGCUAAAUUGCCACUAGAGGGAGAUAAUGAUGCUUGGUUGAUUUCAUUCAUAAUCCUCGUCACAGCCCACAAAAAUGCAGUUACAGUUAUCUGUAAUACCAACAUUUAUUUUGUUUCCAAUAAAAUGACACUUUCAAGGGAUUUACAUAAUUGGUAAGUCCCAACACUUGUAAAGGACGGUUCUGUAAAGUGGUACUGUGCUCUGAUGUUGAUGUUAUACAACUCGAUGUUUUUGUUUUCUGUAAAAUGAAUAACAUUUGAUAUUGUUUUCAUGUAUAGCCUGGACUUUAAUAAUAAUAUUUCCAAACAGGUGUUAUUAAUCACAAUACGUGAAAUACUCAGUAGCCUAUGUAGACUUAACUUCAGUAAUGAUUCCCUGCUUGUUUGUUUUUAUUUUGGACACUUUUGGCAAAAGUAAAAUGUAAUAAAAUCUUGACAUGCCCGCCUCAUAUUAAAUGA